AUGCAACCACUCUGCAUUCUGGAGCCCCAGACAGGUUCAGUGGAUCUGGAUCAGGAACAGAUUUCACUCUUACAAUCAAAGGCAUAA